AUGGGCAUUAACGUUAGCCGACAAACCGAUUUGGCCAGCAAUGCGCUGCUGCAACAGUUUGUGGGACGCAGCCACAUUGCUGCCGACGAUGAGUUCUGGGCCAAGUUGCUGAACUACAACAUCACAAUGCCCGAAAAUACACAGGAUCAAUUGAAUUUGGACUCAAGGCUGGAAUCUUUGUGUCAAUCGUUUAUUAGCAAUAAUCUAAAGACUGGUAAUUUUGGUUCAUUGAUAACGGUGUUUUUAACGAAAACUUCGGAACUACUAUCGCUAUCCGAUCAGGAGAGUAAUAUGCACAUAUGGCAGACAUUUAACGCCUUGUUUAUUAUACGUUCGUUGGUGAAAUAUAUCACAGAGACUGGUUCGGAAUUUCAGUUGUUGCAACAUUUUGAGGCAAUUCCUAAUGAGGAGUAUUUAAAGGCUGAGGCAGAAGCGGCAGCUGCUGGCGCACAACCAGAAAGUACAGCAAUAGCUGUGGAGGCAACUGAAAACGAUGAUCCCUCCGCCACAUUGAAGGCAGCAGCUGCGGCUGCCGCUGUUAUGGUAGAUGGUUCCAAAUUUGAAACCUUUAUCGAUGCAAUUUUCAAUUUGAUAGUUGUGAUUCCGGUUAAAGAAUUCACAUAUCACCUACAUUUGGAGGCGGUCAACACACUGAUAACCCUAUUGUCUGUACAUUUAUUCACCCAACAGCCUACAGAAAAAUCCAUUAUCUUCCGCACCGUGUACAAGUGCCAGCAUGCUAAUGUCCUGAUGUCUGCCUUAUUACAUUUUGUUGCCCGGCUAGUGGAAGUGCCUCAGACAAUGUUUGGCUCCGCAACGGCUGGCUCAUUUGUUUUCGGCAUUGCCGAGUCGUUGCUAUCGAUCUUCACCUUCCGCAAACAGCAAGAUGUCUUAAGUGCCACACACUCCACAGGUGCUGAGCUAUCACAACAAUUCCGCACCCAUUACCCCUUGGCCAAUCAAAGUCUUCUGUUAAUUUUGAUACUCACCAAUCAUUGUACCACGAAAGAGAAUUCAUAUCGUUCAUCAUUGUUCGGCUGUGCCGAUUCAAAAGAUGUUGCCAGCAAAGAUGGUGCAACAUUUCAUAUUGAUUUUGGUGCUGUCUAUGAAACAUUGUGUCGGAUUGUAACCAUUGAUCAGGCAACAUUGUUGUUGUAUUUGUUGCUACAUCGCAAUGAACGUUUUUAUCGUUUUGUCAUGGCCCAACAGGAUUUGGAGAAAUUGGUGACACCGAUAUUGCAAACGUUGUAUCAUGCGCCGGAUAGUACAUCUCAUCAUAUUUAUAUGUCAUUGAUUGUGUUGCUGAUAUUGAGUGAAGAUGAUAGUUUCAAUAAGAAUGUUCAUAAUAUUAUGCUUAAAAACAUAACCUGGUACACGGAAAGAACAAUAUCGGAAAUCUCGCUGGGUGGCCUAUUAAUCCUAGUGGUCAUACGAACCAUACAAUAUAAUAUGUUAAAAAUGCGUGAUAAAUAUUUGCAUACCAACUGUUUGGCGGCCUUGGCUAACAUGUCGGGACAAUUUCGUAAUUUACAUCCAUAUGUGGCACAACGUUUAAUCUCACUGUUCGAAACUUUGGCCAAGAAACAUACUCGACUUGAUGCUCAACUCAAAGAGCCGGUGAAUAGUGCGGUAUUUGUUAAUGUUUCCACGACACCGGAAGAUAUGUUACAAGAUCUAACGGUAUUGGAAGAGGUUUUGCGUAUGGUCUUGGAAAUCCUUAAUUCAUGUCUGUCAAAUCAAUUGGUCUAUUGUCCGAACUUGGUGUAUACUCUGUUGUAUAAACGUAGUGUCUUUGAAGGUUUUCGUUCACAUCACGCCUUUCAGGAUAUUAUACAGAACAUAGAUAUGGUGGUGGGUUUCUUUUCGUCACGUUUACAACGUGUCCAGGAACAAAGAGGUGAAUUGGGUGUCAAUGAAGUAUUCGAAGUUAUUUCCAAGGGUGCCAGCCAAUGGUCCAGCGAUCGUUUGAGGAAAUUCCCCGAUUUGAAAUUCAAAUAUGUCGAAGAAGAUGCCCCAGAAGAAUUUUUCAUUCCAUAUGUGUGGACUUUAGUGUGUAAAUACGGUUGUGUUCACUUUAGUUCGGAAAGCAUUAAGGGCGUGACCACCGAAAUAUCUUGCUAAUAUAGUGUAGAUUUUGAAACAUUUCUAUAAUAAAAAUAAGA